AUGCAGUCGAUGACAAUUCUAGUGUCUGUUAUUAUAGCAAUCGUGUCCGGCGAAACAGAGUUAUAUCAGUCACAACGAUGGGUUACAAAAAUAUUGUACGAUACGCUCGAAAGUUAUGUCCCGGACGGUGGACCGGCGUGUAGGCGGGAUGGACAGGCAUAUCGCGAAGGAUUGAAGGAUCUCAGGCUAUGGGCUACCCAAAUGUAUGAUGCUUCAGCAAAGUUUCCAACAGGUAUAUUAUCUGGGAAAUCAGUGGAUUUCGGUGAUUAUGAUGAAUGUUUGGAAACCAACACAACUAAUUUAGACUUUAAACCGCAGUAUUGUAUUGUUAACAUACGUUUUUCACCAUCUGUUAAGCUAUAUCCAAAUUACUACAAAACCACAUCAUUUAAUAUUAAAAAUUCGUCAAUUUCUGCGUGGGAAGCAGUAAAGCUAAAUCCUAAUCCGGCAAAGGUUCAGCGUAAUGAAAUCAGUACUGCGAUUUGUAUUCCAUCCUCGUGCACUCAUUCAGAUUUACAGUCUACAUUGUCUCCAAAAAUUGUGUUUGCGUUUAACAGGCAGGAAAUAAACACCACUGUUACUGUGGACUCGCUAUACUGCACCACACAACACGAUAAGCCGACUAAAACAUUAGGAUUUGCAAUUUUCUGGUGUUUCAUAUUAAUUAUUUUCAUAUUAACAAUUGUUGGAUCACUACACGAUUUAUAUCCAAAGGAAGAUAGUGAAUCUAAAUACAAACCUAUCAUUGCUGCGUUUUCAAUUCAAUCAAACCUAAAAAAGCUGUUUUACAAUAAUACUAAAGCUGUGGAAUUUGCUAGCUGUAACUUUCUUAAAAUAAUAGCUUGUUUAAUCGUUUUAUUAGGACACCGGUUGAUGUACAUUAGUGCACAGCCAGUUUAUAAUACUAAUAAAAUUGAAGAGACUUUUGAAAUUAUGAUUUAUGGAAUAGUACAUAACGGACCAUUGGUAGUAGAUAUUUUUUUUACCAUCUGUGGAUUUCUAACUUUUAUUAAUAUGUACAGUGAACUAGUGAAAACCAAACGAUUUAACAUGCCAUUUAUAUUAUUUUGGAGAUGGUGCAGACUGAUCCCUCUAUAUGGUGUAAUGAUCGCAUUUUAUUCAUUCGUGUUGGUACACCUCUCGGAUGGUCCUUUAUGGAAGCAUAUGGCUGUUAAAGAGUCGGAAAACUGUCAAAAAAAUUGGUGGACCAACUUACUAUUUGUAAAUAAUUACGUCAAUUCCGAUCAACCAGUAAGCGUAUAAAUAUUAUAUUAUUUCAUAGUAUUACUUUCGACACCACGCAAUUAUUUUAUGAUUAAAACG